AUGGUCCUCGCAGCUCACCCCAAUCCAACCGCCCCCGUGCUAUCACACUUCUCCCUCGAGGGCAAGACGGCUCUCGUCACGGGCGGAUCGCGCGGUAUCGGUCUCGAAGUCGUUCGUGGCCUCCUCGAAGCCGGCGCGUCCGUCGGGUUCACCUACUCCAGCACAACGCCGGACGAGAUCGCCGCCCUGACCCAAGCCCUGUCGUCCGAGAAUGGCGGCCGCCGAGGACUACCCCGAGGACAAGCAGCGGCCCACGUCAUGAAGGCGCGCAACAAAACGCGCGGCAGCAUCAUCUUCACGGCCAGCGUCAGCGGGAUCCUCGUCAACGUCCCGCAGACGCAGGCAGCCUACAACGCGUCCAAGGCCGGGCUCAUCCACCUGGCCAAGAGCCUGGCCGUCGAGUGGACCGACUUUGCGCGCGUCAACUGCGUGUCCCCGGGCUUCAUCGCGACCGAGAUGCUCGACGUGCAUCCCAAGGCGUGGCGCGACAAGUGGUUCUCCAUGAUCCCCGGUGCGAGACUAUGUCUGGCGCCCGAGCUCAAGGGGUCCUAUGUCUACCUGGCGAGCGACGCGAGUAGCUACAUGACGGGGGCGAACCUGGUCGUGGAUGGGGGAUACACGUUACCAUGA